UUCUUCGUCUUCCUCAUUGCUAUCACUGUUCACUAUCCACUCCCGUGAACUUUCACUUUCCUCCAAAUUCACCAAACCCCAUUCUUUUUUCACACUGUAAUUCAAUUAUCUUGUUCAAAUUGUACAGUUUUUUGACAUUUACAGUCCACAAAUUUGUAUAAAAGGGUACCCACCAUGCACACAAGAAAACCUGCAAAACCCACACUAUUCCGAAAAUUCAAGUUUCUUUUCAUUUCAAUGGCUUCCUUUUUCACACUCACUAUCUUCUCCCUAAUCCUCUUCUUCUCAAUUUCCUCCGCCGCUCGCCACCAUUCCCCCGAUUCCUCCACAUCCCCUUCAAUAUCACUUCAGAUCCGAGGUGCUUGUAAGGCUUCACGGGACCCACCAACAUGUGAAUCUGUAUUGACGGAUUCCGGUAACUUACCGUCUGACCUGACGACGUCGUUGAUCAUCCAAUCAGCUGUUAAAGUAUCGUCGAAGAACAACGAUAAGGCGAAAGAGAUGGUGCAGGCAAUUAUAGAUGCGUCUACAGGGAAUAAUCAGAACCGUACGGACGCCGGGAAGGUGUGUAUGGAGGUGCUCGGGUAUGCGGAAUAUCGGGUCGGGUUAACGGGUCAGGCAGUGAUGAACGGCGGGUACAAGAGCGCUCGUGCAUGGAUGAGCUCCGUCAUGGUGUACCAAUACGACUGCUGGUCCGCUUUGAAGUACGUAAAUGGAACCUCACAGGUAUCCAAAACGAUGUCGUUUAUCAAUUCCUUGAUCGGAUACAGCAGCAACGCAUUGGGGAUGAUGGUGAAUUUCGACCUUUACGGCGCCGAUACCGGGUCAUGGACCGUACCCAAAACAGAACGAGACGGGUUCUGGGAAGAUUCGGGUUCGGCCGGGUCGGGUCAAGUGAAGGGUGGAGUGCCUGCCGGGUUGAAAUCGGAUGCAACGGUGUGUAAAGGAGGAUGUGACUAUAAGACGGUGCAGGAGGCGGUGAAUGCUGCACCGGAAAACGAGCAAACCCGGAAGUUUGUGAUAUGGAUCAAAACCGGGUUGUAUGAGGAGAAAGUUCGGGUCGGGUUGGAGAAGAUGAAUGUGGUAUUUUUGGGUGAUGGUAUGGGUAAAACCGUCAUUACGGGAUCGUUGAGUGUUGGUCUUGUUGGUGUUACUACGUAUGAGACUGCAACUGUUGGAGUUGUUGGUGAUGGAUUCAUGGCCAGUGGUAUCACCUUCCAAAACACAGCCGGUCCGGAUGCUCACCAAGCCGUAGCAUUCCGAUCCGACAGUGAUCUUUCAGUUGUAGAGAACUGUGAAUUCAUUGGCAAUCAAGACACCCUAUACGCCCACGCUUUGCGCCAAUACUACAAGUCCUGUCGUAUCCAAGGCAAUGUAGACUUCAUUUUCGGAAACUCAGCUUCUUUCUUCCAAGAUUGUGACAUCCUAAUAGCACCUCGACAACUCCGUCCUGAAAAGGGAGAGACGAAUGCCGUGACUGCUCAUGGCAGGAUAGACCCUGCACAGUCAACUGGUUUCGUCUUCCAAAAUUGUUUGAUCAAUGGAACUGACAAAUACAUGUCCUUGUACUACAGCAACCCCAAAGUCCACAAAAAUUUUCUGGGAAGACCAUGGAAGGAGUAUUCUCGGACCGUCUUUCUAGAUUGUACUUUAGAGGCUCUUAUUUCCGCUAACGGAUGGUUGCCCUGGAGUGGUGAUUUCGCGUUGAAGACUCUAUACUACGGAGAAUAUAGAAAUACUGGUGCCGGAGCUAAUACAGCAGGACGAGUGUCGUGGAGUAGCCAAAUCCCAGCUGAACAUGUUAACUCAUACUCUAUACAAAAUUUUAUUCAAGGAGAUCAGUGGAUUUCGACUUCCUCUUGAUUAACUUAUAGUAACGUUUAAUGUACAUCUAGUAAGUCAAGCUCAAUAUAUAAUCGGGGAAUCAUAGUAGCUUAGUUGGUUGGUUAUCUGAACUCCCAUUUUGUUGGUGAGGGUUCGAUUCUCCAUGUUGUAAUGUAAUUCCCUCCCCCUAUACCCACCCUGAUUAUUUUAUAAAAAGACUAUAUAUAAAAUUGUUGGAAAACUUUGGAACUUCUUGUAA